AUGUCCGACUACAAGCCUACUGAGCACGACGGCCUCAAGCAGGACGGUACCCCCGACAAGCGUGUUGGAACUGGAGAAUUCGCUCACGGCAAGGUUGACCCUCACAAGGCAGGUGCAAAGGGUGGAAACCAGUCCGGAGACGGCACUGGCGAGACCCAAUCUGCCUCGGACAACAGCGGCGGUGAUUACAAGCCAACUGAGCAUGACGGCCUGCGCAAGGACGGCGAGCCUGAUGGCCGUGUUAAAGGAAAUUAA